UGAUCCAAGCCUAUAGUGCUAUUCCUUAGUAAAACUUAAACAGCUGUAGUCAUGUAAUUCAAAACCCUGGAAGGCUGCUGCAGUGCUUGCUCAACCUCAGUAUACCAUGAAUGCAGGAUGCUGCCAGUCCUAUAAAGGAUCCUCUGCUUCACAUUAUGAAAGAAAGACGUGAACUACAAACCUGAAUGAAACCUGGAAUUUCCAAGCAGAUGACCUUGUGACAGCCUUUUCAAGAGUCCAGUUAUCAGGCAAAAGAACCAUCCAGAUAACUGGAAAUUCAAAACCAACCAAUCCUAAAGAGGAAAGUUUGUGCUUUUGAAAUAUAUUCCUGCGACAAAGGAUUUGAGAGAGGAGAUAUAUCAGUAAAAACAGGAAUCCCACAUACCCCAGCUGUGCCUCCUCAGAUCUGUAAAACACUGAUUUGGACUACCCAAAAAUUUCAACUGUUCUAGCAGUCACAGAAAAGAACUGGGGUCAGCUGAAUGUCAGGAUGCAAGUAGUAACUAUUAUAUUACUACUUGUUCUUUGUAAUGCAUCUGACUGUAGGAGGACAAGGAAUAGGAGUUUGAGAAACAAUGAAAGGGAAAACAUUUUAAGGAGAGCAUCUAGCACUGUUAAGCGCAAUGCCCGAGGCCAAACAUGUGAUAUUUACACUUAUCUUCAUGAGAAAUACUUAGAUUGUCAGGAAAGAAAGCUGGUUUUUGUGGCACCUGAUUGGCCAGAGGAUAUAAAACACAUGCUGUUAGCAAGAAACAGGAUUCGUAAAUUAAAGAAUAAUAUGUUUUCCAAGUAUAAAGUACUGAAAAGUCUGGAUUUACAACAGAAUGACAUAUCAAAAAUUGAGAGCGAGGCUUUUUAUGGUUUGGAUAAACUUACCACACUCUUACUUCAGCAUAACCAAAUUAAGAUUUUAUCUGAGGAGAUUUUUAUUUAUACGCCCAAUCUAAACUACCUGCGUCUCUAUGACAAUCCCUGGCACUGCAGCUGUGAACUAGAAACUCUUGUUACAAUGCUACAGGUUCCAACAAACAGGAAUUUGGGAAAUUAUGCCAAAUGUGUGCACCCAAUAGAGCUGAAAAAUCAAAAGCUAAAAGAGAUAAAAGUUGAUCAGCUAUGUAGUGAAGAGGACAGGCAGGAUCCCAAAAACAUAAAACGAGAGAAGCCUGAACCUGUCAAACCAGAAUUUGAUUCCUCUUUGUGCCACAUGUAUGUGUUUCCUGUGACAACUCUGAACUGCAAAAGGAAAGAUUUAAAGAAAGUUCCAGGUAACAUACCUCCAGAUAUAGCUAAACUUGAUUUAUCCAACAACAAAAUUAGACAGCUACGAGCCAAGGAGUUUGAAGAUGUCAGUGAACUGAAGAUAUUAAAUCUAAACAGUAAUGGAAUAGCAUACAUUGAUCCUGCUGCUUUUUCAGGCCUCAAUAACUUAGAGGAGCUGGAUCUAUCAAACAACAGCUUGCAGAAUUUUGAAUAUGGAGUACUGGAAGAUCUUUACUUUCUGAAAAUACUAUGGCUGAGAGAGAAUCCUUGGAGAUGUGAUUACAACAUACAUUACCUUUUCUACUGGCUGAAACAUCACUACAAUGUUCACUACAAUGGCCUAGAAUGCAAAAUGCCUGAGGAAUACAAAGGAUGGUCUGUUGGAAAAUAUGUUCGAAGUUAUUAUGAAGAAUGCCCAAAAGACAAGCUUCCCGUUUAUCCAGAAACUUUUGAUCUUGACAAAGAUGACGAGGAAUGGGAACGACACAAAGAGCAAACAGUUCAAACAGCAAAGAAGCAUGGUGUAAUUGUCACCGUGAUAGGCUAAUAAGGGAACCCUUUCUCUUAGUAGAUUUAAAUAUUUGAUACUUUGAAAAAGAAAAACAUGCUGUUUACAUUUGUUUUCUGUUGGUUUGUAGGACUAUCUGCCUACAAAGAUGUCUCUUUACUGCAGGUAAUAACUACAGAAUGACAUUAGUUCAACAGCAUCCUUCAUCUAGUAAUUGUUUUUGAAAGUUUGUUCUGGACACUCUUGUGAAAUAUUUUGGCAAAUAUUUGAAACUAUACAGAGAGACAUAAAUGUACAUAAUAUGGUGGGGAGAAGCUGUCUUAUGUAUGAACACAGUUUAUGUGUACACACAGAAAUAGCUGCAGGAUUGUGACCAAGACACAUUUUUCUUGAAUGUAUUGACAGUUCUUUGUAUGUAUCAGUUUCCUGAAAUAUUCCCAGAAGAUAUUUCCAAGUUUUUAUAUCAACUUCCUGGUGUUUUAUUGUAGACAAAAAAAAAUCAAACUUAAGAUUAUCCUUAAAUACAAUUCUAGAAAAAGAGGAA